UCUCUCUCUCUCUCUCUCUCUCUCUUUCUCCUUCUUCUUCUUCUCUCUCUCCCCCUUGGCUGCAAAGUCGCCGCUGCUGGGAACUUGUUGGCAAUGCCUAUUUUUCGGCUUUCCCCCACGAUUUCCAAAGUAACUAUUUAAAGAUCUGCAGUCGCAAAUGGUUUUACUAAAUGUAGGAUGGGACUUAAGUUGAACGGCAGAUAUAUUUCUCUGAUCCUCGCUGUGCAGAUAGCGUACCUGGUGCAGGCGGUGAGAGCAGCGGGGAAGUGCGAUGCGGUCUUUAGGGGCUUCUCCAACUGUUUGCUCAGGCUGGGAGACAACAUGGCCAACUACCCGCAGGACCUGGACGACAAGAGAAACCUCCAGACCAUCUGCUCGUACUGGGAUGAUUUCCACGCCUGCACCCUCACGGCCCUCACGGAUUGCCAGGAAGGAGCGACAGAUCUUUGGGAAAAACUGAAGAGGGAGUCCAAAAACCUCGAUUUCCAAGGCAGCUUAUUUGAACUGUGCGGGGGAAGCAACGGGUCGGCGCCUUCCCUGCUCCUGCCCGCCUUGCCGGUGCUCCUGGUCUCUCUCUCCGCGGCGCUAGUGACCUGGCUGUCCUUCUAGGAGCCCUGGGCAGAACACACCCCCUUGCACACCCACACACACUCACACACCCUCUUCACGUGCUGGAUUUACAGAGGAGGCGCCCAUCCGCCGCGCCGGGGGGACUGUGUGAUGCAUCUGUGCUGAUGAACCACCCAUGAAGGACUGUGGCAUCGCUCGCUCUCUCCUGCUCUCUCUCUCUCUCUUUCCUUUCUCUCUCGAUUUUGUGUUUUAUUUGCCAAAUGUUACCAAACCUUUGAGCAGCCAACAGCCAAAACCGGACCUCAGCUUUAUCCUGUCUUCACAUCACAAGAGCAAAACUCCAGCCCUUGGUUGCAAAACAAUCUCAGGAACGGCUCUGGGCCACCUAAUCUUAAUAAAUAUGAAUAUAUAAAUCAUCGCGCUAAGGCAGUAGGGGCUCCUCUGAGAAUCUCAAAGAGAAAUGAAGUGAGGGGGGAAACAUAUAUUAAUAACCCAGCCAAGAAACCACCACCACCAAGUAACCCAGGCACUGCUGGAAAAGAACCCAGAUAGAUCCCACAGCUGAAGCAUAUGGUGAAUAACUCACAAUCUCUCAUCUUUUUUUUUUUUUCCUCCACGGUCGCUUGUUUUUUGGUCCAUACCACUGCAAAAAAACAAAAAACAAAAAAACUCCAACAAAACAAUACUAAUAAUAAGAAGAAUCCUCUUAAUCAUUUUUCCUUACGGGAGGGAAACAAGGAAGAAAGAAAUGGCCAGAAAGGAAGGAAAAAGAGAUGUCUACCACUGAUGACUGAAAGAAUGAAUGCUGCUAAGAUUGCUGAGUUUAGCUUUACUGCUGUUGUCAAGGCAUCUUUCUGAGUUCACUGCUUUUAAUUUGAGUUUUCCCUCCUCUUGUUUUAGAUGUUACACAUACAGUAAGAUACCUGAAUAUCCGACAGGCUAGAUCACAAAAAAGAAAAAGAAA